AUGUAUUGUGGAGAAGCUUUUGAGUGGACUCCUAGUUUUGUUUUGGCUAGUAAACUCAAAGUUUUAAAAGCUGAUUUGAAGAUAUGGAAUAAGGAGGCUUUUGGGAAUGUUGAGCGGCAGAAAAAAGUCAUUUGGGAUGAGCUUCAAUCCUUGGAAGCUGAUGGGGAUAGUGAGGGGAGUUUGUCUAGGAAGAAUGAAGUAAAAAUAGAACUUGGGAGAGUUCUUUUGAGGGAAGAAAUAUCAUGGAGGCAAAAGUUGAGAGUUCUUUGGCUUGAAGAGGGAGAUAAGUGUACUAGCUUCUUUCAUAAAAUAGCUAAUUCUCAUAGACGUAACAAUGCUAUUGAGAUAUUAAGAACUGGAAAUAAUCUGCUAUCCUCACCUGCCGAGAUCCAAGAGCAUGUUGUGCAGUUUUUUAGUUCUCUCCUAAGUGAGACGGAAGCUUGGAGACCUAAGAUUGAUGGAUUGAACUUUGCAGUGGUAGAUGAAUUUUUAGCAAGUUGGCUUGAAAGGCCUUUUGAAGAGCUUGAGCCUUGUGGGUUUUUUGUAAGUUCAAGAGGUUUGAAGCAGGGGGAUCCCUUAUCUCCCUUCCUAUUUGAUAUUGUUAUGAAGGCUGUUGGGGAACAAAUUCAAGUUUUGAGGGCUGUCCUGUUGUGUUUUCAAGCCAUAUCCGAACUAAAAGUGAACUUGAGUAAAUCAGAGUUGGUACCGGUGGGAGAAGUUCAUGACAUUCAUCACUUGGCAGAAUUUCCGGGAGCCUUUCCGGUUGUCUUCAGAUUGGCAAAUAAUAAGCAAGCUUUAGUUUCAGAGUUGAUGAGUUUUUCCAAUGGAGUGGUGCUUUGGGAUAUAAGUUUCUCCAUAUCUGCCCAGUAUUUGGAAGUAGAGCAGGAAAUAAGCAGGAUUAGUGAAUCAUCUACUCCUUCAUUGUGA